AUGUCGUCGAACACAGAAAUGUCAAAGUCAGCAAAAUGCAAGCAUUGUGACUCCUUAAUCAAGUAUAAUGGUGGAACAAGCGCUAUGCUAGCUCAUUUGAGAAGAUGUAGUGAUAAUCCAGAUAAUGCGGUGAAUGUGACGAUGCAUGAACCAUCUUCAAGCUCAAUGGAAAAUAGGGAAGCGAUUGUUAAUUCAUCCCCUUCGGUUCCCAAAUUUGACCAAGAAGUUAGCCGAAUGGACUUGACAAAAAUGUUUGUAGCCAUGGAACUUCCGUUUCAAAAGGUAAAACAUCCAUAUUUACAUAGGUUCAUUUAUGGCUUACAACCAAAAUUUAAGUUCCCAUCACGCAAUACACUAGCACGUGAUAUUUUGAAUAAUUGGGACGUGGAGAAAGCGAAGAUGAAGACUAUUUUGUCACAAAAUUGCCGCCGAGUUUGUAUCACUACAGACACAUGGACAUCUACCCAAGACUCUAAUUACAUGUGUCUCACAGGGCAUUGCAUUGAUAACAAUUGGAAGCUACAAAAAAAUAUUUUGAAUUUUACUCAAGUCACAAACUACACAGGAGAGAUUAUGGCCAAAACAGUUAAGAAGUGCUUAAAUGGUUGGGAACUAAAUCGUGUGCUUAGUGCUACCAUGGACAAUGCAUCUUCAAAUGAUGUUGGAAUUCAACAUCUCAGAAGAUGGCUUCACUCUCAGAAUGGCAUAGUUUUGAAUGGAGAAUACCUUCAUACACGUUGUUGUGCCCACAUAUUAAACCUUAUUGUAAAGGAUGGGAUGAAAGAAGUUGAUGAUUCUAUUGUAAGAAUUCGUGCAGUGGUGAGGUAUGUGAGGCGUACUCCUUCGAGGUUUCAGAGAUUUAAGAAAUGUAUUAAUCAUGAAACAAUUGGAUAUAAAGGUUAUGUUGGGAGAGAUUGUGAGACUCGGUGGAACUCAACAUAUCUAAUGUUAAAGGGUGCAUUAAAACAUAAUAAGACCUUUACAGAGUUAGAAUUCAGAGAUUGGAAAUAUUUUAAUGAAAUGAGUAAGGACAAAGGAGUGCCUAGACCGGAAGAUUGGGAGCAUGUUGAGUUAAUCCUUCCAUUUCUACAGAUAUUUCAUGAAGCUACAGAGCGUAUUUUAGGAUCUUCUUAUGUGACAAGUAACAUGUAUAUGCUUGAGGUUUUUGGUGUUGGAAGAAGCAUUCUGAACAUGUGUAAUUCGGAAGAUCAAAAGGUAAGGUCAAUGGCUAUAAAGAUGAAGGCAAAGUACAAUAAAUAUUGGGGAAAACAUGACCACCUUAACAUGUUGUUAUUGAUUGCAAUGGUAUUAGACCCUAGAUGUAAAUUGAAGCUUGUGGUAUGGAUGGCAACUAGGAUUUAUGAUACUAGUGAUGCAGAAUAUUUGAAAACCAAAUUGGGUUCAUAUUUGAAGUCUAUUUUUGAUGAAUACUCUGGUAGGGCAGUGUCUAGUCUAGAGUGGUGGAAGGUGAAUUCAAGCCGAUAUCCAAUACUUGCAAGCAUUGCAAGAGAGGUUUUAGCCAUACUGAUAUCCAGUGUAGCCUCUGAAUCAGCUUUCAGUACCGGAGGAAGGAUCCUUGAUGCAUAUCGUAGUUCUUUAACAUCGGCUAGUGUGGAAGCACUUAUGUGUACUGAAGAUUGGCUCAAAAGAGUAGUUCCAUCUUUUCUUAGUAGUGAGGAUCUCGAUAAUAUUGAUCGAAUUGAGGAUGAACUAUAUUCUACGCCAGAUGCCGGAAGUUGCUCAUCCUUUGUGUUAGUUGUUGAUGAUUGA